AUGUUAUUAUCAACUCGUGAUGCACAACGUGAGAAGAGUGCGUCGCAACUGUUUGUAGCAGCUGCAAGAGCUGAAAGAUUAAGUGCUACUAGCUUAGACAAUGUCAGUUUUCAUCUAGGUUCAUUAUCCGAUAUUCAUCGAGGUAGCAGAUUAUCACGAGUACAAUCACAUUCACAACAUCAUGCACAAUACUUAUCAACAGUCGCUGAUGUUACAACCGACGAACCGACGAUUAAUGAUGAAAAGUCGUCAACAUCUUCGCAGAAAAAACGAUAUCAUUGGAAGAUGACUUAUUAUUUUUAUAUUCAUAUAUGUUUAUUUAUUAUCAGUGGAUUCUUGUGCGGUUUAAUCGUUUGGCUUAUUGAAAAUCAUUCAUCUUCACGCAAUCUUCAAAUGAAAGUAGAUUAUAUUGAUGCAUGGUUUGUUAGUAGUUCAUGUAUAUGUGGUUGUGGUUUGACAACAUUAGAUUUUGCAAAACUCUCACGUGCUUCUCAUGCUAUUCUUAUGGUAUUUGUAUUAAUAUCAAAUGCUACAAUUAGUACAUUGCCUGCAUUAGUUAUUAAAGCUCAAACACAUCGAAAAGUCGAAGGAAUAACGGUUGAUGAUGAUCAUGGUGAUUUAGAAGGCGAACCUAAUGAUGAAUUACCUACAUUUAAUAUUCGACAUGUUCGAAAUUUACCAGAACAUAUUCGAAAUCGACUUGCAACAUUACCAACUGCAGCACAACUUCGUUAUCGUGCUUAUAUAGCAUGUAUUAUUCUUAUUCUUAGUACUUGUUUUACUAUUACUACAAUAACAUUCAUAGCUAUUGGCAGUUGGAUAUCAGUACAUUAUACAUCAGACCAAUUAUUACAAGGAAAUUCUACUGUUAAUCCAUGGUAUAUCUCGUUUAUGGUUGCUGUAACAGGUUUCAAUCAAAAUGGAUUGACACCUUUUUCCGAUGGUCUUUCACGUUUUGUUCGCGAUAUUUAUUUCAACUUGUUUGUCAUAAUGGUAGUAAUGAGUGGUACAUCAUUUUUUCCUGUGAUAUUACGAAAUGUUGUUUUAAUGGCACGGCAUCUAUCUCCAUGGCGUCAUAAAGUUAUAUUUGAUUAUAUUCUUAUGAAUAAUCAUCGUUUAUCUGCGUUACUUUUUCCUUCUGUACAAACGCGUAUUUAUCUUUUUGUAACAAUUUUAUUAUACAUAUUAGGUGUUAGUAUUUCAUUGAUACUCGAUUUCAAGAGUGAUGGCUUUGCUAUUUAUUCACCUGGUAUACGAUUUCUUAUAUUUGUCUUUCAAACAGUAAAUACACGUUUUGCAGGCUUUCAAACAGUUGAUAUACAUUUAUUUGCAUCAGCUACAUUGCUAGUUUAUCUGCUCUUGAUAGCGACUAAACCACAAAUGUUAUGUGCUCUCGACGAAUCUCCAUUUGAGUUGUCUUGGCUAGCAUUACAAGCACAAGAGAAAGUUAAUGCUGAGGUAGAUUCUAUGAUGAAUAUCAAUGAUACUUCAUGUUUACCUGCACGUCAUCGUAAAUUAGGAUCAAUUCUAUCAUUAUCGUCAGCUGGUGGUCUGCCUACCCGACAGAUAAAGCGUUUCCUACGUCGACAAUAUUCAGUUACUAAAAAUCUUGCUCGAGAAGAAUUCAGAAUUACAGUACCAGUAGACGGUACAAAUUAUAAAGCUCGACGUUUGAGAUAUUUGCGUGGUCGUUUAUUUCUUAUUUAUUUUGCACGUGCACUUAUACAGCAUACAAUUAGUUUUGUUAUUUUAACUCGUACUUGGUUAUUUUUCUUUAUAUUUCUUAUAUGUGCUAUUGAGUAUCGUCAUAUGUCACCUGUUGAUCCAAAUAUAACUGUAUUUAAAGUAAUCUUUGAAAUAAUAUCAGCAUUUGGAACUGUUGGAUUAACACUUGGAUAUCCGAAUAUAGCUUCUAGUUUUUGUACCGUUCUUUCACCGGCAAGUAAAACUAUAAUCGUUGCAACAAUGUUAAUGGGUCGUCAUCGCGGUUUACUUGCAUCGAUGAAGGAUCAAGAAACUAUUGAAUAUAGUGCUACUGAUUUACUUAAGCAACAACGUGAAGAAGUUAUUAAUAAAUAUCAACAAAAUAUAUUAGACCCUAAUGUUAUCAAUAGAGUGACAUCUGAGAAACUUAUCACAUACUUUUAA